AUGGACAUCGACGACAUCCUGCGCGAGGUCGACCCGGCCGGCGGUGCGGCGCCGCGGGGCAAGCGCGACCUGCAGGAGCUGACGAGGGCUUGGGUGGCCGAGAGGUCGGCGCCCGAGCUGUUGGAGUGGCCGGCCGACGGGCUGUUUGAGCGCAUCAACGAGCGCAUCAAGACGCAGAUCGAGCGCGUCGAGGAGAUGACGGGCGACAUGGACCCCAAGACCAACUUUGCGCUCAUUGUGAUCCAGACGGAGCUCGAGCGGUACAAGUUUCUGGUCAGGAGCUAUCUACGGGCGCGGAUCGCAAAGGAUGACUCCAAAAGCAAGGCUAACAGGCAUUGCCCCCCGCAACAGAUCGACAAGCACACGCUGCACUACCUCUCGACGCCCAGCCUGCGCGCGCGCCUCUCGGGCACGGAGCUCGCCUACGCGACGCGCCACCAGGCGCUGCUGCACGACCACUACCUGUCCUCCUUCCUCGCGAGCUUCCCCGCCGCGCUGCAGAACCUCAACGACGCGGCGGGCAACAUCAGCAUGGUCGACGCGCCGGACCUCGAGGCCGCGGUCUUCGUGCGCGUGCUGCGGCCGCGGUGCGAGGUCGCGGCCCGGGGCACGGACAGCGACGCAGAGCGGUUCGAGGGGCGGGAGGGGGAUGUUUUGAUAUUGCGGUGGGCUGAUGCGAAGGCGCUUGUGGGGAGGGGGGAUGUCGAGCUUGUCUGA